AUGGAUCAUCCACAGAGAGUCCCUCGUAACCUCUGUCGAGUUAGAGAGAGUGCUUUCCUUCCCAAAAUCACCUCCAUCGGCCCCUACCAUUAUGGUGGCAAGGGGCUUGAGCUCAUGGAGGAGCACAAGGAGCGUUUCUUGAUGCGCCUCCUGGGAGGCAAGUUCAACGAGAGCGAGGACGACGAUCAAUCUUCAUCGCCGUUGUCCAUGGGUGACGAUGAGAAGAGAAAGGCUCCGCACCUCAGGGACCUUGUAGAUGCCAUGAGGAAGUUGGAGCAGAGGACCAGAGAGUGCUAUUCUGAGGACUUCGAUGCGUCCAUCUCGAGUGACAAGUUUGUCUGGAUGAUGGUCCGUGACGGUUGCUUUGUGUUCGAACUGUUGCGCUUGUAUUACAAGUACGACAACGCCAAGGGAAAGUCCAAUGAGCAUCUGGCUUCCGAUCCGAUCUUCAAUGCCCGUUGGAUGCUGAGAACCCUUCAGCGCGAUCUGCUGAAGCUCGAAAAUCAGCUACCUUACUUCGUCCUCAAGAUGCUCUUCAAGUUGACAAGCUGGGGACAAGAGAAGAUGAAGCUAGAGGAACUCACAGUCACCUUCUUUGAUCCUUCAUCACCUAGAGAAACGGCCACCUCUAAGUUGAACUUCGCACUGACGGUAGAUGGCAAGAAACAGCAGUUCGCCCGCAUGCUCGACGUCCUCCGCUCCACCUUCCUCAAGACGGUGCGAGAUAAAGUGAACCAGAAUGGAUGGACACCAAUACCUCAUUUGCACAAUAACAACUCUUUGCUCUCUUCCCAUAAUAAUCACGUCGAGAAGCCCCGCCUCCGAGAAAAACAGCUGAUACAUUUUAUGUCAGAGCUUCAAGAGGCAGGCGUCAAGCUCCAAAAACGAGACGAUCAUGGCCUAUUAGACAUUGCCUUCGAGGAUAGGACUCUUUACAUGUCUCCGUUCUUCAUUGACAACAACUCCGUCCCUCUCUUCCUAAACUUCAUCGCAUACGAGCAGUGCGAUGGGAGGGCCAAGCCCUUCUUCACAAACUAUUUCAUGUUCCUCGACAGCCUGAUCAACAGCUCCGAUGACAUUAGGAUACUUCACGAGCAAGGGAUCAUCAAUCAUGCGUUGGGUAGCACCGACAAUGUGGCCACACUAUUGAACAAGCUCUGCAGGGAGAUGGUUUAUGACAACGACCAGUGCUACUUGUCCAAUGAGAUGAACGAGGCUAACAAGCAUUGCGAGACAUACUACAGCAGUAAGUACCUCCGUUGGUGGGGAAACUUGAUUCGCGACUACUUCAGCAGUCCCUGGACAUUCCUGUCUCUUCUCGCCGCCAUAGUACUCUUGAUACUCACAGUCAUCCAAACCUUUUACACCGUCUAUCCUUAUUACCGUCCAUCAUCGUAA